UGCGCGCUUCCUCAUUGCCUCUCUCUACGCGUUUUGUCGGAUUUGCCUGUUGGUUUCUGUCUGCGGAACCGAUUCAUUUUUUUGGGGUCUUUCAGCGAAGAUGCCGGCCGUUUCAAAGGGAGAUGGGAUGCGUGGGCUGGCGGUCUUCAUCUCUGACAUACGGAACUGCAAAAGCAAAGAGGCCGAGAUAAAGAGGAUCAACAAAGAGCUGGCAAAUAUCCGCUCCAAGUUUAAAGGAGACAAAGCGCUGGACGGCUACAGUAAGAAGAAAUAUGUCUGCAAGCUGCUGUUUAUUUUCCUCCUGGGGCAUGAUAUCGAUUUCGGACACAUGGAGGCAGUCAACCUGUUGAGCUCCAACAGAUACACCGAGAAGCAGAUUGGUUACCUGUUCAUCUCCGUGCUGGUGAACUCAAACAGCGAGCUGAUUCGGCUGAUCAACAACGGCAUCAAGAACGACCUGGCCAGCCGCAACCCCACCUUCAUGAACCUGGCCCUGCACUGCAUUGCCAACGUGGGCAGCCGGGAGAUGGCAGAGGCCUUCACCGCAGACAUCCCCAAGAUCCUGGUCGCUGGUGACACCAUGGACAGUGUGAAGCAGAGUGCUGCCCUUUGCUUGCUGCGGUUAAACAGGACCUCGCCGGACCUUGUGCCCAUGGGGGAGUGGACCUCACGGGUGGUGCAUCUCCUCAAUGAUCAGCACCUGGGAGUGGUGACGGCCGCCACAAGUCUGAUCACUACUCUGGCGCAGAAGAACCCUGAAGAGUUCAAGACGUCGGUGUCCCUGGCAGUGUCGAGGCUCAGCAGGAUUGUGACCUCCGCAUCAACAGACCUCCAAGACUACACAUACUACUUUGUGCCUGCCCCGUGGCUCUCGGUCAAGCUUCUUCGUCUUCUGCAGUGCUAUCCGCCCCCAGAGGACGGAGCAGUGCGCGGGCGUCUGACCGAAUGUCUGGAGACCAUCCUGAAUAAAGCCCAGGAGCCGCCCAAAUCCAAGAAAGUCCAGCACUCCAACGCUAAGAACGCGGUCCUGUUCGAAGCCAUCAGCCUGAUAAUCCAUCACGACAGUGAGCCAAACCUGCUGGUCCGAGCUUGUAACCAGCUGGGGCAGUUCCUGCAGCACCGGGAGACGAACCUGAGGUACCUGGCCCUGGAGAGCAUGUGUACGCUGGCCAGCUCCGAGUUCUCCCACGAGGCAGUGAAGACUCACAUAGAGACCGUCAUCAACGCACUGAAGACUGAGAGAGAUGUGAGUGUGAGGCAGAGGGCUGUGGACCUGCUGUACGCAAUGUGUGACCGGAGCAAUGCACAGCAGAUUGUGGCAGAGAUGUUAAACUACCUGGAAACCGCCGAUUACUCCAUUCGGGAAGAGAUUGUGCUGAAGGUGGCGAUCCUGGCUGAGAAGUACGCCGUGGAUUACACCUGGUACGUGGACACCAUCCUGAACCUGAUCCGCAUCGCGGGCGACUACGUGAGCGAGGAGGUCUGGUACCGAGUGAUCCAGAUCGUCAUCAACCGGGACGACGUGCAGGGGUACUCGGCCAAAACCGUAUUCGAGGCUCUUCAAGCUCCGGCAUGCCAUGAAAACCUGUUGAAGGUUGGCGGGUACAUUCUGGGAGAAUUUGGAAACUUGAUUGCUGGCGAUCCAAGAUCUAGCCCUCUAAUCCAGUUCAAUCUGCUGCACUCCAAGUUCCACCUGUGUAGCGUGCCCACCCGAGCCCUACUGCUCUCCACCUACAUCAAGUUUGUGAACCUCUUCCCCGAGAUCAAGGCUACGAUCCAGGACGUGCUGCGCAGUGACUCCCAGCUGAGGAACGCGGACGUGGAGCUGCAGCAGCGAGCGGUGGAGUACCUGAGGCUGAGCAGCAUCGCCAGCACCGACAUCCUGGCGACUGUGCUGGAGGAGAUGCCCCCGUUCCCUGAGAGGGAGUCCUCCAUCCUGACCAAGCUGAAGAAGAAGAAGGGUCCUGGGAAGGUUCCCGAUGUGGAGGAGACAAAGAAAGAGAGGAACUCCGACAUGAAUGGAAGCACAGAGCCAGCGUCGGUCAACUCCAGUGCUGUCACCAUGUCGACCCCGUCGACAUCCACAGACCUCCUGGGCUUGGGUUCGGCCCCUGUGCUGAACUCUGUGGCCCCUCCCUCCGCCGGGGGGAGCCUCCUGGUGGACGUGUUCUCCGACAACUCUCCUGCCGUCGCGUCGUUGGCCCCCUCUGCUGAGGAGAACUUCUCCAGCCCUCGCAUUGGUUCCACUGAUGUGGUUUUUGAUGAUCCAGCUGCAGCUGUGCAUGAUGCCGAUGAACUGGUUGACAAAUUUGUAUGCAAAAAUAACGGUGUACUGUUUGAAAACCAGCUGAUGCAAAUUGGACUUAAAUCUGAAUUCAGACAAAAUUUGGGUCGGAUGUAUAUCUUUUAUGGAAACAAGACCUCCACUCAGUUUCAGAGUUUUUUGACAGCAGUGAUCUGUCAGGACGCUCUGAAAACUCAACUAAAUAUUCAAACUAAA